AAAAAAAAUGAUUUCAUGAACUUACCUGAUAGUUUGCAUGGUCUGGGUUGAAAACACAUUAUGGCUUUUAUUUGAUUUCUUACACACUACAUAUUUUUCAACCCAGCCGUGUAGUUGGCAACAGUGACACGCCGGUCCCAAGCCCGGAUAAAUGGGGAGGGGUGGAGAAAGCAAUGGCAAACUACUCCACUGUCUUUGCCGAAAUACUUUACGGAUCCCAACCAAACAUCUUCAGUCAUGGUGCUGGAAGGCAGUCCCCUGGGCCGGAAAGCACCCUACAAGUGACCAGGGAAGAGCAAGGACGAAUUUCGAAUAGCUCGGACAGAGAAGAAGAGGACGUCCAAGAACACGCUGGCUGGACAUCAUUAAGGCCGACACGAACACGCCCUUGAAAGAAUUAAAAGACAUGGUCAAAAAUCGUAAAGCAUGGAUAACGAUGAUCCAUAAAGUGACCGAAAGUCGUCCUCGACUGAACGGUUAAACCAUCAUCGCAUAUUUUUCACUGUGGUUUUAGACCUAAUUUAAAUCUAAUGCGAGAGAAAUAUCUUUGUCCUGUAAGCGCUUGAAGACUUUAAUCGUUUUCUAAGCUACGAACCUCUUGCACACACUGUUCUUCAUCUGUAGGAGCCAUUUUUCAGAAAUACAGCUCUAUAAUAAGUAAAUAAAUAACGUGACGAGGAAACAACAGAGGUGCAAAACAGGAUGCAAACACAGCCAGGUGGUGUAGCACGCCGAGCGAGCCAAGUUCAGAGAGUGACCAGACACCAGGCGGUAGGGUGUGACACAUAAGGGAUUAGAAACCUGGAGUGUGAAGCAGUGUCUGUAUCCACACCAAUCCCAGGUCCACGGUACCAAUGCUGCUGUCCUUCGACUAUCCAUUUAAGUAGCGUCACCACACCUGGUCUCUGUCAACCCCGACAUUCCCGAAGAUGGCUGAGGCCGCGAUCCUCUGUGCCACAGAUGGAUAUGGAAGCCAGACUACAGAACACACAACCACAACUGAGAGAGUCGGUACCCUUUUCCCACAAUGCAGCGCGUUUGCUUGAUGCGGCUUUCAGAUUCAGCCUCAGGUUAUCAUGCCGGACAGAACGUUGUCGACCUGCACUAGAUGACCAAAACUGAAUAAAUUAAAAUCUGGACUGAUUAAUGAUAAGUGGUAUUAACAAUAGCACACCAGAUAUAUGAAGAGCCAGUAUCACGGGAUGAGGGUCACGUGUAUUAAAUAAUACCUCGGUGCUAGAGCCCUUUAUCAUUUCACUCGCUCUCUCUCAACACGCAAUUUUUCACUGAUGUCUUUUUUUCUCCAAAAAAAAAAAAUUUAAAUGGAGACAAUAAUGGAACGGCUUCUUGCUGCUCGGCUGUGAAAAUGAAUGCGUUGCCAUGCACUUGACCCGAUCUCCUCACCUGAGCAGCGUGUCAGCUGGGAGUUUGCACUUGAGACCAUGGGGCCACCUCUUUUCCGCGCUGCUCCUGGGGAGAUCAGUCACUGGUGGAGUCAACUUAAGUUUCGCUUCGAAAACAAGAAGGGAUGGAAUGAAAUGCUCGAUGAGACUUUUCUCUUGCGGAACAAGAGGAUAAAUGAUAUUCCCUUCUUCUUCGCCGCUGAAGAGAAUGAUGUUGGUUCCUUACGGAAACUGCUGAAAUGUCCCUCCACAGACAUCUUUCAAAGAGGAGUCCUGGGGGAGACUGUUCUACAUGUCGCAGUACAGAAUGACAGCCUAGAGGCUGCCAUAGCUUUGAUGGAUGGGGCUCCGGAGCUCAUAAAUGAGACCAUGACCUCUGACCUCUUUCAGGGUUUGAGCCCUCUUCACAUUGCUGUUAUGAACCAGAACGUGAACCUGGUCCGUGAGCUAAUUGACAGAGGGGCACAUGUGGACACUCCCAGGGUGACCGGAUUAUACUUCCAGAAGAGAAGGGGAGGACUGCUGUACUACGGUGAGCAUACCCUGUCGUUUGCCUGUUGUGUGGGGAACCAAGAGAUAAUCUCCAUGUUGAUAGAUGCUGGAGCCAACAUCAGGGCCCAAGACAGUCUUGGAAACACGAUCUUGCACAUCCUCGUUCUGCAGCCUGAUAAAGACAUGGCCUGUGAAACCAUGGAGAUGCUGCUGGCCAAAGAUGCAGAGGCUGAGAGAGAUAUUCCGCUGGACCUAAUUCCCAACUACCGCGGACUCACUCUCUUCAAACUGGCAGCCAAGGAGGGCAACUUAGAGGUGUUUCAGAGUCUGGUCAAUCGAAGGCGAGUAGUUCAGUGGAGCAUGGGCCCCCUCAGCUCCAAUCUUUAUGACUUGACUGAGAUUGACUCCUGGGCCGACGAUCAGUCCGUGUUGGAGUGCAUUGUUACCAGCCGGAAGAAUGAGGCAAGGAACCUACUGCAGGUGACGCCAGUGAGACAGCUUAUCAGCCUCAAAUGGAAUCUCUAUGGAAAACAUUAUUUUAGGUUUCUGCUGCUGGUGUACCUCCUGUAUAUCGUGUCCUUCACCCUCUGCUGUGUGUACCGCCCGGUGAAGGAUGCCCCGGAGAAUUACACGGCGAUCAUUUCCGACAGAACCAUCCGUGUCCAGAAAACACUGGAGGAAAGCUACCUGAUGUACGAGGAUAACGUGCGUUUAGCGGGUGAAAUCAUAAGUGUCCUCGGGGCCAUUUUAAUCCUGUUGCUUGAGAUUCCAGACAUACUGAGAGUUGGAGCCAAGCCAUAUUUUGGUCAGUCAGCCCUCGGGGGUCCCUUCCACAUUAUCCUGAUCACCUAUGCAUGUCUCGUGGUGAUGCUGUGUGUCCUUCGACUGAGCAGCCUGCCCGGAGAGAUGGUUCUCAUGGCCAUCAGCCUGAUGCUGGGCUGGUGCAACGUCUUGUACUUUGCCCGCGGCUUUGAGAAACUUGGACCUUAUGUUAUCAUGAUACAGAAGAACAUUUUAGGGGACCUUCUCAAGUUUAUAUGGCUGAUAGUGAUAGUGGUAUUCGGAUUUGCUUCGGCUCUGUGGAUGUUUUACAUGACCCAGGAAGUCGACUCCCUGCCUCCCUAUCGCUCCUUCCCCAUCACCUUGUUCACCCAGUUUGAACUGACGCUGGGACAGGUUGACCUGCCCGUGGACCACACGUUGACCAUUUCUCCCGUUGUCCACGUGCUGCACUGCAUCUUUUCUUUGGUCUCCAACCUCCUGCUCCUCAACAUGCUGACUGCCAUAAUGUCGGAAACACACUCAACUGUGGACGGGGUGAGGGAAGAGCUCUGGAUGACACAGGUCGUGGCAACCAUCUUAAUGCUUGAGCGAAGACUGCCCCGAUGUCUGUGGCCUCGUCUUGGGAUGUGCGGAUCUCAAUACGGCCUGGGGGACUGCUGGUAUCUUCGAGUGGAAGAUUACAAUGAAAGUGGCGAUACCUCAGAAGAUGAAGAGGACAACAGCGAUAUGACUGGAAAGGGGAAACGAGAAAAGAGUGACGAGAGGAAAAGGAAAGGGGAAACAAACAUGAAUAGAGGACUAGAAGAAGAAAAAAACGAACGCGGUCAAGGCAAAGCUUCCGAGACAUCGUUCGUCAGACCCUUGCAGAGGAGCAUGUCGACCCCCAGCCGGAAGUCCCAACAAGCAUGGCACGUGAUUGAUGUCAGAGCUCAGGAUUUGGAAGCAGAGAAGGAAUCCCAGCUCUGAUGCAGAGAACGUCUAGUAAGUCUGAAAGUGUGAGAACUGCAAGGACCUUCCAGACGGCGUCAGAACACGACGGCACCCUUUCCAUACAUUCAUAUAUCUAUAUUAAUAUGAGCUCGUAUUUAGCCUGAUGUUUAGUCACAUGCAAUCUUCCUAUACUUACACAGGGCAAUAAUGGAGUUUCAAAAUCACAUGAUUCGUACUUACUGGUGAGGAAGGGUUUAAAUGCAAUAAUAAUGAAAUAACAGUGUGUAUCUAAAGCUGAUUAAUCUUGCAAGCGUCACUGAUCGCAUGCUCUUACCACGCCUCCUGCUUCCCGCCUUUGAACAGCAAAAUAAAUGAAAUCAAUAAAAAUGUUUAAUGUGGUGAAAAGGCUACUACAGUGCUUAGACAAAGUCAUUCCGGAAAUAACAGAUUUUGAGCGGUACUUUUUUAGUGCAACAUUUACAGUAGAGUUCAUACUAACACACCAAAAAGAAAAGAAAAAAAAAAAAAAAA